AUGCAGAUCAAGUAUAUCCCUCCCCGAACCAUAAACCUCAUCGCCGUCUUCCAGUUCCUAAUCAAACACGAACCAGAGUCCGUACCCUCACCGGCAAAGAGAUCGAACUCGAUAUCGAGCCCGACUACAAGGUAUACAACUCCUCACUCCUCACAACAGCUAGCGGUAACCCAUCUGACUCUAAGUUUGUGGUGGGAAUUAGGUUCAAAAAAUAAAAGAGCGCGUCGAAGAGAAGGAAGGUAUCCCUCCGCAACAGCAACGUCUCAUCUUCGGUGGGAAGCAAAUGAACGACGAGAAGACGGCGGCGGAGUACAAUCUGGAAGGAGGUGCGACGCUGCAUUUGGUUCUUGCGCUGCGUGGUGGGCGGUCAUGA